CCAUGGAGACAAUACUAGGGAACCCGUAUAAUAUCAAGAAACGUGGUUCUGGUCGUUUCAGUGACACGUUUCUCCCUUUUAAAGUUCUCUCCUGAUUUUAACAAGAGAAGAGAGUCCCGAUUCUGAAAGAAGAGAUGGUGGGGGCGUUGAGCCAUGAAGCGAAGCGGUUGACUGAGGCGUGGGGUUCGGUGAUGGUGUCCUUGUGUUACUGUUUCUGUGUUGGAAAAUUGGUUGACAAGGGAGUCAAAAGGCUGAUUCUGAUGGCUCCAGUGAUGAUCCUUUUCUUUUUGGUUCCGCUCCAUCUAACCACUGUGCAUAUGAUCGGGACCACUGGUUUCUUCAUCUCUUGGCUCGCCAACUUCAAGCUCUAUCUAUUUGCAUUUCGAAACGGUCCUCUCUCCUCACCCACUCUCUCUCUCCCUAUCUUCCUCCUCGUCUCCUGCUUCCCCAUCAAGCUUCAGCAGCUUGGUAAUGAAUCUAAGCCAAAGCGGCACAGCGUGAGAGAAGGUUCUUUGUUUUAUCUAGUGAAGGCACUUCCUUUGCUUCUAGUCAUCCAAUCAUUCCGUUACACCCACCUCCUCCCCAACAAAGCCGUGCUUUUGCUCUAUGGUUUCAACAUGUAUUUCUCCCUCGACCUCAUGUUAGCGGUCACCGCAUCCCUGGUACGAGCCGCAUCCAGCCUUGAGCUGGAGCCUCAGUUCAACGAGCCAUACCUCGCCACAUCGCUUCAGGAUUUCUGGGGCAAACGAUGGAAUCUGAUGGUCAGUGAGAUCUUGCGCCCGACCGUCUACGAGCCGGUGCUAAGGUUGUCGGUGCUCCCCAGGAAAUGGGCAUCCGCUCCUGCGGCGUUGGCCACGUUCGUGGUUUCGGGGAUAAUGCACGAGCUCAUAUUCUUCUACUUGGGGAGGUUGCGGCCGUCGUGGGGGCUGAUGUCUUUCUUCCUCCUGCAUGGAGUCUGCAUCAUGGCUGAGAUCGCCCUCAAGAAGGCCAUCAGAAGAAGAUGGAGUCUUCCAACACCAGUGGCUCGGACUCUGACAAUAUUAUUCGUCUUCGCCACUGGGAUCUUCUUGUUCUUCCCGGAAUUUCAGAGGUGCAAGAUCGACCAAAAGGCCUUCGCUGAGUACGCAGCGGUAGGUACGUUUCUCAAGAAAAGCGUUCUAGGAUACUCACGUUAGACACCUCUUUACUUCACUAUUAUUCAUCCAUAGAUGCAUGCUGUUUUUUAAAUGAUGUCAAAUUUUAUGUUUCAAAUUUGACCAAAGCGUAAACAUUAAUAAUUGUAACAAUAAAGUAUAUAGCAAAUUCGUAGAAAGAAAAAGAGACAUAAUA